UUGUCAUGGCUUCUAACGGAUGCAGGCCCUCUCUUUCCAUCCAUGCCAUCGUCUCUCUCGUGCUUCUAUUGCUUGCUGCCGCUGCUACCUGUCUCCCGGCUUCAGCAGCAAACAGCCCAAAGCAGUCGAACAAACCUUCUCUGAAGACAGUGCAGAGUCCAGAUGGCGACAUCAUCGACUGCGUUCCCUCUCAUCUCCAACCGGCAUUCGAUCAUCCCAAGCUCAAAGGACUGAAACCCUUGGAGCCGCCGAAGAGACCCAAAGACCGCAAGGCCAAGUCCAUGGCCGGUGGCAUAACCCAGUUGUGGAGAGCCUCAGGGGAGACGUGCCCACAUGGAACAGUUCCGAUUAGAAGAACCACGGAAGAAGAGGCUCUGCGAGUGAGGAAGCUUGUAGAGGGUGUAGGAGAAAGUCCCUUCAAUAAUCAUGAGUAUGCAAUUGGGACGGUGGAAGAUGAAAACUUGUACUACGGUGCAGAAGCCACCUACAACGUGUGGGCGCCGGCGGUGGCCAACAACGGCGAGUACAGCUUAUCACAGUUUUGGCUAACUUCUGGCACUUACGCCACCAACCUCAACACCAUCGAAGCCGGGUGGCAGGUUCUAUACGGAAAGAGCUAUCCAAGAUUCUUCAUUUACUGGACGGCCGAUGCGUAUCAGAACACGGGUUGCUAUGACCUAGAGUGCGCUGGUUUCGUCCAAACCAACAACGAUAUCGUUGUCGGAGGUUCCAUCAAUCCAACAUCGACUUACGAUGGCCAGCAAUCCGAAAUGAAGCUACUGGUUUGGAAGGAUCACAAGGAUGGGAACUGGUGGCUGGAGUGGGACUCCACCGUGGUCGGCUACUGGCCGUCGUCCUUGUUCAGCCACCUCGCGAAGAACGCAACCUCGGUGCAGUUCGGCGGCGAGAUCGUCAACAACGGCCCUUCCGGCGUCCACACCGCCACCCAGAUGGGCAGCGGAUACUUCCCGGAGGAAGGCUACCGCAGAGCUGCUUACACUCGUAACCUACAAGUGGUGGACGCCACCAACACCCUCUUCCCGGUGCAGAGCCUCAGCGUCACUGCCGGAAAGCCCAACUACUAUACAAUAACCGAAGGCGUCAACAGUGACUGGGGAACGCACUUCUUCUUUGGAGGCCCGAGAAGGAGCGACUAUGCAUUUGGCACGGUGGAAGAUGAAAACUUGUACUACGGUGCAGAAGCCACCUACAACGUGUGGGCGCCGGCGGUGGCCAACAACGGCGAGUUCAGCUUAUCACAGUUUUGGCUCACGUCUGGCACUUACGCCACCAACCUCAACACCAUCGAAGCCGGGUGGCAGGUUCUAUACGGGAAUAGCUAUCCAAGAUUCUUCAUUUACUGGACGGCCGAUGCGUAUCAGUCCACGGGUUGCUAUGACCUAACAUGCCCUGGUUUCGUCCAAACCAACAACGAUAUCGUUGUCGGAGGUUCCAUCAAUCCAACAUCGACUUACGAUGGCCAGCAAUCCGAAAUGAAGCUACUGGUUUGGAAGGAUCACAAGGAUGGGAACUGGUGGCUGGAGUGGGACUCCACCGUGGUCGGCUACUGGCCGUCGUCCUUGUUCAGCCACCUCGCGGACAGCGCAACCUCGGUGCAGUUCGGCGGCGAGAUCGUCAACAACGGCACUUCCGGCGUCCACACCGCCACCCAGAUGGGCAGCGGAUACUUCCCGGAGGAAGGCUACCGCAGAGCUGCUUACACUCGUAACCUACAAGUGGUGGACGCCAACAACACCCUCUUCCCGGUACAGAGCCUCAGCCUCACUGCCGGAAAGCCCAACUGCUACAACAUAACCAAAGGCGUCAACAGUGACUGGGGAACGCACUUCUUCUUUGGAGGCCCGGGAAGGAGCGAUGUGUGCCCUUGAGCAACCGGAGCAUCUCCUCUCUCAUCUACUGCUCUCUUCUCCGAUGGUUGCGCCUGUGUCUUUGUGUGGAAUAAUGGUGGUCUUUGUUGUAUUUGCUUUGGUCUAAUACACGCAGAUCAUGCGUAUACUACAGUAAUAAAUGCAUUAUCCAACUGGUUCUUUAGAA